ACGACGACGACGACUGGUCAAACAGAGUUGAAUAACAAAGAGAGAGAGAGAGCUAGAAACACAAGCUGCAAUGAUGCCCGAGAGUUCAGACAGGGAUAGCAAAAAGGGCAAGAGGCUCAAAGUGGCUAAAACUUUGGUUAAAUUGGAGAAGUGCAGUGAAAGUUUGGGUUGUGCUAAAGAUGGAUUGGUGAAUCCAGUGCCGCGUAGAAUGCCAACCUUUGGAUCUAGAAAGGGUUGUAUGAGAGGAAAAGGAGGGCCUGAGAAUAUGAAUUACAGUUAUAGAGGUGUUAGGCAGAGGAUUUGGGGAAAGUGGGUUUCUGAAAUUCGAGUGCCAAGUAGUAAUACACAUGGUUUGAAGUCGAAAAAGGUAAAUCGUCUGUGGCUUGGUACCUUUAAUACUGCUGUUGAAGCUGCACUUGCUUAUGAUAAAGCUGCAAAGGCCAUAUAUGGUCCUGUGGCUAGGCUCAACUUUCCUGAAUCUUUGGAAACGUCAAUGUUGGAUGAGACCACAGAAUUGGGCGAUAAUGCUUCUGAAUUUGAGGAUGGUAUGGUUGAAGGGGCAAAGCAAGAAGAUGAGGUACUUGAUGCAACUGUAAAAGACCCUGUCAAUGAAUGGCAUUGUGAAGCUAACAGUGUUGAAGAACUGGCUAUCAACAGUGUAAGGGAGUCUGUAGAGGAAUGUCAUUCAGAACUUAAGUAUGUUAAAUUGGAAUUGGAAACUAAGGACGAAAUUGCUAAAGAUGAUGUAGAAGUUCAAGCAGUCGCUAUCAACAAUGUAUGGGAGUCUGAAGAUGAAUGGCCUCGGGAACCUAAGUAUGUGAAAUGUGAAUUGGAAAAUGAGGACCAGCUUGUUAGAAACGAUGUUGAAGUUACAGUCACUACAAACAAUGGAAGGGAGUACGAAAAUGUAUGGCACUGGGAACCUAAGUAUGUCAACUGCGAUUUGGAAACUCAGGACAAGCUUCUUCAAAGUAAUGCUGAAGUUGAAAGACUUGCUAUGAACAAUGUAACAGACGAGGAAUUUCAAGCUGGGAGUUACGUUGGCAGCUCCAACAAUAGUCAUGAUAAUCACUUGGAUAAGUAUCUUCAGGUUGGGAAAUUUGAUUCAGUCCCUAAUGAGAAGCCUUGUACUAAUUUGGACUUUUCAAAGAUUCUUUCGAGGUACAGCAAUGAUUACUUAGACACUGCGCUUGUAGAUGUGAAAUGCAAUUCAGAAAAUGAUUGUAACCCUUCAAAUGAUGUUAUAGUUGACGCGCCGGUGAUGAGCAAACCUAUGGAGAAAGAAUCUGUUGUGAUUCUGGAAUCUGGAGACAACAGCCUGCAUAUGGAACCGAUAUAUGUGGCAAGCAACAAUCUGAUAGCUAAAUUGGGUGAAUAUGAAAAGAAUGUGUUGCCUCCUAAUGAAUUUCAGGGCGAUAUUGCAGAAACUAUAAAACCAAAUGGCCAUAAUGGCUUUGGUGAUAAUAAUAUUUGCUUGCAGGAACAUGAUGAACAGAUAGAUGUGGCCUACAUUCCAAGACCUGACAUCAAGCCUUCAAAAGAUAUUGAAACACAGACAGAUAUAGACAACAAUUUCAGCCACUUGCAUAGUUUGUCUUUUGAUGAAACAUAUGGCACUGAGCUACAUAAUCUCCCUAAGCAGUUGCAGGCAGCAGAUGGCAUGCCCGGGAGCUUUAACUAUAGGGAGGAGGAAUGUUCAGGUGGGGAUUUUAAUGUAGAUUGGUUGAGGCAAAAUUACUUUUCGGGUGAAUUUGAAGACAAUGCAUUGCCUGAUUCAUGGUUCUCAUACCCUCACGGAGGCUCUAGCUAAAUUGAUUACUUACAGCCAUAUUGUCUGGUGCUAUAUAGUUUCAGCAGUAGUCUUUGUCCAUGUUAUUACAAUGGAGGUUUAAGUAAGACAGGAGCUGCAGUGGCUUAUACAGCAUUACUAUCAUGCCUCUUACAAUAUUUGGGAAUUCAAAAGACUUGGCAGGAAGUUCCUGAAAUCUGUUUUGAUCAAUUUAGGAGACUGAGUUGUAAUUUCUUUCAAUCCAUAUAUUCUGAUGGAAACUGUAUUUACAUUUGAGUUGAUAUUAUUUAUUAACAUUUGUAGGUGUUGAAAUGAGUUCAGUAUAUAAAAAAACUUCUGAAUCAACUGUUACAUCACAAACCCCCUUUAGUACGCUUUGGUUUGAUCUCAAUAACACUGUACUUGUUUUAACCUUGUAAAAUGCAUUGAAAAAG